AUGGCCCCUCCAACCAUGCUUCAUCUGCCGGACGGCCAGAACUUUACCGUCACCCCGGUCUUCUCUGGCCUCUUCUUCAAGUCCCACGAGCGGAAUACACACCACAAUGCCUUUCCCAUCGGAUGGACCGUCGUGCUCAACACCGAAGAUGACCUCGCGCCUGGCGAGACGGCCGAUCCUGAUGACGAAGACGAGCAAAUCCGCAGGCGCCGCAUUCACGCCUGGAAGAAGCCUACCUUGCAGAAUGACAACCUCUUCAUCUCCUCCAUCUCGAACCCUUCGAGCAGCGACUUCAAGCCUGCCGCGAGUCCGACAAGGCAAAUCGCCAUGAUGCUUUGGGUCACCCUGUACUGGUACUUCCACCAGCCCGAGCCCCAGCCGUACCUCACGACCGAGGCGUCGAAGCACACACCCGAGGGCGCGAGGCCCAAGGGCGAAUGGCGCAUCAAUGUCAAGCGGGAUGGCGUCUUUCGCGGCCGCAACCUCAUCCCCAAGCUCGAGCGUAUGGGCCUCAUCGCCAACAUGAACUCGGCCGUCGGCACGAGCAUCGACGACAAUGGCGACGAGUGGACCCAGAUGUUUGUGUCCCGUCGCGCCUUUUGGCAGAUCCCUGGCCGUCUCUUCCUCUUCACCCUCCAGCGCAACCCGGGCUCCUCGUUCCCCGGCUCCCCCGCUGGCAGCCGGCCCGGAUCGCCCAACAUGGCCGACUCGCGGCCGCACUCGCAGAUCUUGACGCCCACACACUCGCCUUUGCCCUCCCUCACCAGGGCCAGUAUCUUUCCUUUCCGCGUCGCGUCCCUGGCGCCCAAACCUGUCCCGUACCUGGGCCCCGUCGGCUCCUCGCCACCCGAUCAUCCUCACCUGCUGACCCUUUCCGACACGGCUCUCAUGCAGCUGUGGCUGACGAAUCCUCGCGUCUCUGCGUUUUGGGGCUCAUACACGCCCAACUUUCUCAGCGAUGCCCUCUCGUCGCGUCACUCGUUCCCCGUCAUUGGAAUGUGGGACGGCGUGCCCUUUGGCUACUUCGAGAUCUACUGGGUCAAAGAGGACGUGUUGGGCCGGCAUCUUGGCGGCGGCGUCUGUGACUGGGAUCGUGGACUGCACGUGUUUGUGGGUGAGGAAUGGGCACGUGGAAGAGUCCCCGCGUGGUUGUCGAGUCUGAUACACUGGUGUGUCACGGAGGAUUACCGGACCAUGAGUGUGUGCUUUGAGCCGCGCAUCGACAAUCAGAGGUUCAUUCAGCUGCUCCAGCAGUCACACUUUGCAAAAGAGCGGGAAGUUGCCCUGCCGCACAAACAAUCUGUGUACAUGCGUCUCGGCAGAGAGGCGUGGGAGGGCCCUGCAUUGUGA